GACAGGUUGAUGGAGAGAGGGAGAGCUGGAAGGUAUUGAGGCGUGCUGGGGGAUGUAGCAAACAACGGAAACAACUAUUUUUAAGAUUCUUGCUUCCCUCUCUGAUGUUUUUUUUACUUUUUUUUUCUACUUGGAGUACAUUUACACUUUGGAUUUUACGGCGGCUUCUGCGCUUUACGCUCCGAGUCUUGUAUCCUUGGUAACGCGAACAACUGUCCUGCGAAGUUUGGAUCAAGUGUUUUUCCUUCAGCCGGAUAAAUAAACUGGAUAUUAACUCGCUUUCUUACGGGAGGGGACCCCCGUGUGCAGGUGGGCGUCAGCUGGAGUAUUUCGAUUAGUUUUUAUUCAUUAAAAAGUGUUUUUUAAACCUAAACUUUGUGUUUAGGGAAACGGGACAACGCGGGACAAUAGUGGUGUGGGAGAGAGCUCCUGCAGGAGGUGGAGGGAGGCGGGGGGGGGGGGGGUGCUUUUGUUCUGUCCAGCCUGCUGUGCUGAUCGAUUGACCGGUGGAUCGAUGAUUUGUUGGUGAUCUGUAAGCGGGAUCGGAACAACCAUGGAUGUGACUCUGUCCGAGUUGUUGGCCACUUUCAUGGAGUCUCCGCUGGUGGUGUGGGUCGGGACGUUGGGUCCUCUGGGCUCGUGUGACAAUGCCGGCUCAGAGGAGCGGGUCAACAUGUUCAUGGAGCUGGUGGACGGCGUCUUCCUGCACAAGAUCAUGACACACAUUGACCCCAGCCCAACCAAUCAGAGGCUGAACAAAAAUGUGAACAAUGACGUGUCGCUCCGCCUUCACAACCUCACCGUUCUCACCAGACAAAUCAGGACGUACUACCAGGAGACCUUGCAGCAGUUAAUAGUCAUGCCCCUACCCAACAUCCUUUGCAUCGCCAAGGAUCCUCUUUCAGCUAAAAGCAUGGAGGAGCUGAAAAGACUUUUGUUGCUGUUACUCGGCUGUGCUGUCCAGUGUGAGCGUAAAGAAGAGAUGAUCGAGAAGAUCAAGCUGCUGGACAUUAUGACACAAGCUGCCAUCGUCUCUCACAUCCAGGAGGUGACUCACAACCAGCAGAAUGUUCUCGACCUAUCCUGGCUGGAGGAAGGAUCGGAGCUCACACACGAAGAGCUCACACCUCUGUCCAAAACUAUGGCUGAAUCGCUACGGCAACUGAUUGAUCAGAGAGACAAAGCCAGUGAGGUGAUUGUUGAUCUGACCCAGGAGAGGGACUACCUGCACAGUCAGCAGCCCCAGGAAGGGUGCAGGAACCUGGGUAUGAACAGCCCGGAUCGUGGGCAGAGCUCUGGAGGUCUGACUAACGGUGGAUCAGCUCUGAUGGUCUCCGGCCUCACCAAAGAGGAGAAGCAACAUCUGUCUGUGGAGCUGGCUGACACCAAGGCCAAGCUCCGCAAAUACAGACAAGAACUAGAGGAGAAAACGGAGCAUCUGAUGGAUUCAAGACAUGAAGUGGAGCGUCAAGAUCAGGAGCUGCAGAGACUAAAACAAGAGAACCAGUCUCUGUCGUGUGAGGCUCGUUCGGUCAGAGUGUACCGGGAUGAGGUGGACUCUCUGAGGGAGAAAGCGUCACGAGUGGACCGGCUGGAGACCGAACUGACACGAUGUAAAGAAAAACUCAACGACGUUCACUUCUACAAAACAAGAGUGGAGGAGCUCCGAGAGGACAACAUGACUCUGAUGGAGACGAAGGUGCUGCUGGAGGAGCAGCUGUCAGCCUCUAGAGGGCGCUGCGAUAAACUGCACACGCUGGAGAAAGACAACUUGUUGCUGCGAGCUAAAAUACACGACCUGGAAAUGGAGAGAGACAAUGAGCGCAGAAGGCUGGAGGAGCUGGUGGAGGAGAACAUGCUGCUGGAGAUCGGCCAGAAGCAGAGCAUGAAUGAGUCUGCUCAUCUUGGCUGGGAGCUGGAGCAGCUGUCCAAGAACCACGACAACACAGAGACUCGUAAGUCGUUGGUCCAUGAGCUGAACGAGUGCGUCUCCAGCCGGGUGUUGAAGCUUGAGAAGGAGAACCGGGAGCUUCAGGCUUCGAUAGAGAGACUGAAAGAGGACAACCACCAACUGCAGGAGAAGCAGCUCCACACCCAGGAGCUGGACCGAGAGAACCAGAGCUUCAGCAAGAAGUUGGAUCGUCUCCAGGGUUUGUUGGACCAGGAGAGACUGACCAAUCAGGACAUGGAGUCAUUGGGCGAGGAAAUCUUGAAGGAGAAACAGAUGCUGGAGAGAGACAUGCACUCUCUGAAGGCAGAGAAAGACCAGCAGAUCUCAGAGUUGGAGAGUGAGAAGCAGCACCUGUCUGACGCGGUGGCUUCCCUUCAGGAGCGAGCUCAGUCUAACAAUGUGGCGAGGGUCCGCGAGGUGGAGACGGAGAACCGCCUCCUGCACCAGAACAUCACUGAUACCAGCUCCCGAUUGGCCAGCUUGGAAACGCAACUCAAACAGGCAAACGAGGAGUCGGAGCGGCUGAGGGAGAGAGCAGGGCGGUGUGAGGAGGUGGAGAGGGAGGCGGCGAGGCUGGAGAGGAGCAGGGACGCUCUGAACAGAGAGGUGGCCUCCCUGCGUGCAUGUAGCGAGCGGUCAGAAACUCUGGAGAAGCAGGUGUCCUCCCUGGAGCAGGAGGUGCACAGGCUGAAGCGGGAGACAGAGGAGAACCAGAAGGAGCUGCAGCGACUUGAGAAGCAAGAGGCGGAGAACGGCCUUCUGACAAAGGAGAACCUGGACCUCCGCUGCUCCCUGGAAAACGUGCGCUCCUCGUCCGCACGCCUGGCCACCUUACAGGAGGAGCACAAAGAGUCACAGAGAGAGACACAGGAGCUGCAGAGGAGGCUGGAGACAGCCAGAGAGGAGGCACAAGGAGAGAAGAAGAGGGCGGAGAGGCUGGAGCUGAAUGUGGCGGCUCUGAACCAGGAAAAGCAUCGGCUAGAGAAGGAAGUACAAAGGAGCAAAGAGGAGAGGGAGGAGGUAGAGAGAGAGAGGCAGGAGGUGCAGGCUCGAGAAGAGGAAGUUAAAAGGGAAGUGGAAGAACUGAAGGAGGAGCGGAGGAGGAGAGAGGAAGGUGACAAAGAGAGGAAGAAGAUCCAGCUGGACCUGGAGCAGUCGGAGAAGGGAAGGAAGCACUUGGAGAAGGAGAGCUGGAGGAUCAGAACGCUGCUGGAGGGUAAAGAGACGGAGCUGGAGGAGAAAACCAGGAAGCUGGCUACGGUGAAGAAGGAGGGCACGUCUCUGAGUAAGGAGGUGGAGAGGAUGAAGGAGGUGGCGGUCAAAGCAAAGGAGUUAGAGAGGGAGAACAAAGAGCUGCAGAAACAGGCAACUAUUGACAAGAGGACUCUGGCUACUCUGAGAGAGGAAUUGGUGUCAGAGAAGCUGAGCGUUCAGCAGCAGAGUGUCGAGUUAGAGAGACUCAACGAAGAACUGGAGAAGAUCGGACUGAACAGAGAGAAACUGCUGCAGCAGGAGCACACUCUGGAGGACAGCAGGUACAGGCUGCUGGAGUCUCGGCUGGAGGAAACUGUCCAACAGACGAUGAAGAUUAAAGAGGAGAAAAUAUCCUAUCUAGAGAAGAAAGUAGAAGAAAGCAACGCACUCAACAAAACGCUACGUGCAGAACUAGCCAACGCUCGUCAGACUGGGUCAACUCAGCGUCAGCUACGGGAAGAAGAAGAAAACCACAACUACCAGCAGCGCUCGGGAGGUGACAGAGGUCAGGGGUCAGCCACUGCUGAGCUGCUACGAAUCAAAGAUCAUCUCAUCGAUGUGGAAAAGAAUAACGCCUCCCUGCAGAUGGAAAGCAGCCUGUUGAAGGAACAGCUCAAACAGAUUGAGAACCAGAACACGUCUCUGAACAACCAGAUGGGGGCGCUGCAACGACACACCAGCACCCUGCAGGAGCAGAAUUCCUCCUUACACACUCAGACUGCAAAACUACAAGUGGAGAACUCCACACUCGCCUCGCAGAGUGCAUCUCUCAUGGCCCAGAAUGCUGUGCUGCAGGGUCAAGUCAGCGCCCUGGAGACGGAGGUGGAGUCGUGGCAGCGUCAGCGCGAGGAGGCGUGGCGAGCCAGGGAGGGCGUGCUCAGUGACCACGAACGGCUGCUGAGCGUUCACGAGAGGCAGGCGCACGAAUACGAGCAGCUCAUCAGUCAGCACACGACACUGAAGACCAAACAGAGGGCGCUGGAGAACGAUCACAGGAUGCUACACAGCAAGUAUUGUACUCUGCUGCAGCAGAAGGACAAAUGGGAGGAGCAGGAGGGACGUGGACUGAAAGAAAAGGAGGAGCUGAACCAGGAGACCCAGAAGAAUCGACUUCUACAGCAAGAUAAUCUGCAGCUAAAAACAGAAGUGGACAGAUUGACAGGGAGCCAAUCACAGCAGACAGAGCAGUGUGAGGGUCUCCAGCAGCGCAUGAACGACAUGAAGAGCUCAUUAAGCUCCGCCCAGCUGGAAGUGAGUCGAUGGAUGGCACGAUACGAUUCGCUAAAGGAGCAACACCAGGGCCUGGAUCUGACCAUGACCAAACUGGACAACCACUGUGAGCUUUUGAGUCGACUGAAGGGGAACCUGGAGGAGGAGAACCACCACCUCCUGAGUCAGAUCAACCUGCUGAGUCAGCAGAACCACACUCUGCUGGAGAGGAGCAUGGAGAGCAAAGAGCUGUAUCACCAGGAGCAGAAACUUUACAUAGAUAAGCUGAACUCUCUGCGUCGUCAGAAAGAGAAGCUAGAAGAGAAGAUCAUGGAUCAGUACAAGUUCUACGACCCAACACCAAAAAAGAGGAGUCAGUGGUCCGGCGCCAAGGCUUUAGCCAAACUGAUUAAACCCAGAAAGGAGAGCAGCAGGGAGCGAGGGAGUGACCGAGAUAAGGACGGAGCCAAAGACGGAGCCAAAGACAGAGAGCGAGCGAAGAGCGCCCCGGACAUCCCACUACCUGCCCCGCCUCCCCUCCUCCCCCCUGAAACCCCUCCCCCAAUCCCCAAGCGGACAGCCAGCGACACGCAGGACGGCGGCAGUGCCCACAGUAACCAUAACAACCACAUCACUAGCCCCAUCCUGGGACCCCAGAGUCCAGCGCUCACGCCCAUCAGCAGAGGUUUGACUGACAGGAGCCGCGGUGUUUAUCGCAGCAGCACUCCAGGAGGCAGCAACGAGAGUAUCAACGGAGAGGAUGCACAUGGACAAGGUCGUAAAGCUAUGAGCUCCACUCCGAGCCACCAGUCCCCUUCACUGGGUCCACACAACAACUCCAGACUGGGACCAGUUCCCGUCCACAGACCCCGAGGUCUGUUAUUUGAUGACGACUCUCGUCAUAACGCCUCCGACUCCAUGUUUGGUCACCAUGUCAACCCUGGAGGUCGCCCAGGAUCGGCUGACUUCAGCCGCAACACCUCGAGCUCCAACUCACCUGUCAACUGCAGAGACACAUCUGAUCGUCAGCCUCGCUCGGCCAGCCUCUCUAGUGAUGAUGUCAUGGGUCUCAGCCAAUCACAGCAGACCCUGUCGCGCAGCUCCACCCUUCCAUACGACCACGCGCCUCAGAGGGCCCAGCCACAGCGGGUCGCAGGGGUCAGGAUGAAGAACCGCUCGUCUUCUCCUGGAAGUGAGAUGGUAACGCUGGAACAGUUUCUACAAGAGAGCAACCUACAGUCUCCCCCCAUGGUGUCGACCGGAAGCAGGGAGGACUUGAUGACUGAUUAUUUUGCCAGAAGUCCCACCCCCUCUGCACCAGCCGGCAGGGAACAGGUGACUCCCACCAACUAUGUCACCCCCACUGUACAGUCAUCCAACCAGAGACCAGGCCAGAGCGUCAAACCCUCGCCCCGCCAGCCUGUGGGCCAAUCCCCUGCCCCCAGCCAGCCUGUCGCUCAGAGAACCGGCCAAUCAUUGAGCAGAGCUUACAGCCUGGCCACGGCUGAUUUGCUGCGUUCAAAUGGACCUGACAGCUUCCGUGUAAAUGAAGGACAAACAGAUGCAGUUGUUCGCAGACAAGGGGGAGGCGCUAACGGGAGAGAGCGGCCUCUGUCAGCCCGUCUGGCUGGUCCGACCAAUCAGCACGGAGAUGCAAGCUUCCUGAACCCGCCCAUCCACCACUCGUCCUCUCUUAAUCUACAAACAGAGAGAUACGCAGAGAGAGAGCGAGGAAGGGCUCGUGUCCCCGGAAACGCCCCCCACCAUCACAGAGGAGAGGUCGCCAUGGUGAGCCCUGUCAGAGCUGUGCCCGCCACACGACCCGAUGACUCGAACGAGCACACGGAGGUGUCAAGGGAGGGGCGGCCAGGUGACUCCUCCCAACUUAAGAAGGAGAGUGAGGGAGAGAGGUGUGGCUCUGCCGAACGCCCGAAAAGCACCCCAGCUUCACCCGACCCAAACAACGACCCACAGACUGUGUGGUAUGAGUACGGCUGUGUCUAAACACUGGAACUACAGGGGUGGUUGUGUCUAAAGACUGGAACUGAAUACUUAAACUACAGUCUGCUGGGGCUGAAUACUGGAACGUUAUGGGAUAAAUACCUGCAGAGGUCUGUAGUUAAGCAUUGAUCAAAUACAUCAACUAGAAAUCUGUCUAAUUCCUGGAAGACAAAGCCGAGUUUAAAACUAUCUUUGCAUCUCUGUUUGUAUGUUUUGGAACAAACUUUUGUAGAUUGACAAGCAAAAUUAAUUUCAUUCACCACCAGCUGAUUAAAACAUCUCUCCAGCUCUUUUGGCUUGCAUUUUUCUAAAGCUAAAGAGCAACCAGGGAUUUUAUCUACAAACAAACAAUCGCUCUUCAGCCACUGGAUCCAUGGAGUCCAUUUCCUCUCGUGAUUUUUUUAACCACAAGCCCAAUCUCUCUCCUGGGGAUGCAAUACAGAUUUGAGCUGAAUCACUGGACGUCUUUGUAAGGAUUUUUACUUGAGCACAACAACACUAUAGAUGGUCUCUGAGGACGCUGGAUUCAUUGGCCUCUGCUAAUUUAUUUUCAACACUGUGAUCCAGCAAGUAGCCUGAGCCCAAAGUAGGGUUGGCAAUAGUGUUGCAACCACUGGAAAUGGUCGGGAUGUUAUUAUCUUUAUAGAGGAUGCACAUUUUUAACAGAAAUUGAGAUGAAAGUUAAUUUGUCUGAUGUCUUCUGGGAAUCCAAAACACUUAAUGCAUCAUUAAGGAACAUAAUCCUACAUUAAGGCCUAGUCUAUGAGCUGGAACUCCUCGACUGCUGAGCAACACAAUGUUCUGCUAAUGUUUCCCGAAAUGCCACCAGUUCUGCAGAACUGUACACCAGGAGUCCCCUCUCACCGAGGGAGGGAUGAUUGAACUGAAAGUGAAGAUGACCAGAACGACCAGAGCGACUGAAUGUAUCAGGUUUCUCCUCCUCUUCCUCCCCCCUGUAAUUAAAAACAAACACUGGAAAAGACAAAAGAGUAGGAAAUGAAAUGCAAUGAAAAGGGGGGGGGGGGAGAGAAAGUGAGGGGGGAGGACUUUUUGGAGAGUGAAAAUAAAAGGAUGCAGAGACAGAGAGAGGGAGAGACAGAUAUAGUGACGGGACAACGGAGAGAUAAACAGGACUCCUCCCGGUUAAAUUACAGUCCUUCUCCCUCCAUCUUUAGAUUCUGUCCCAGCAUGCAACACUCUGACACUUUACUGGAAAUGUUGCUUGUCCCGAGCCAACACUAGUUUCACACGCACUCGCAUACAGACACGUAUGUAUAAUGACACAUACAGACACAGAGGCAGUGUCCUUGAGGGGGCUGGUUGUGGCUUUCAUUCAAACACACAUGAAGAACUCACACCGCCGGGUGAACCACUGCAUUUUGGGAGAGUGUUCUGCUGCACGCUAAGUAAGUCAGACAAGCUGUAACACUGCACAGCAGAGACAGAGAGAGUCAGGCUGAAUCAAGACCCACUGUGAUAUGAUUUGUUUUAGUUUUUGCAUGUUCAAAAGUUUUGGUAAAAGUUUGACAUUUGAUGACUGAACUGAAGUGUUUGUUUGGUUGCUUGUCCUGAGAGAACCUUUUAUGCAAAAACAGUCAUCCAAGUGUCUCCAGGGAAAUCUCAGACUGUGGUAUUUUCAUACUCCAGUAUAUGCUUCAAUACGUCUGGUAAAACAAGUGUCAUUUCCACCAAAAGUACAAAGAAUCUUCAGUCCCUGGAUCUAUUAAAGCUCCAGCUUCACCUUGUUGUCACAGUCUCAGCCCCUCAAAUGCAUCACCUAACACCUUUGAAAGUACAACCCCAACGAGCAGGCGAUUCUUUGGUGGGUCAAAUAAUGUUUCCAGAAUGUAAAGGGGUAGUUUGAUAUUCGAGAGGGGUUUAAUGAGGUGCUUAUCAAUAAUAGGUGAACUACAGCUGAGCUAAGCUUUGUACUGCUGCAAACAGUCAGGUGAAACCCUGCACCAGUCAUAUUUCCAGAGAGGAUUAUACAAAACCAACACCAAAAUAAUCCAGCUCGACUCCUGCCAAAGAGCACUGCUGAACUAAACCGUCAGGAAACAGAGUGAUAAACACAUAAAUGUAUAAGAUAUCUCAGUGGACAACAACAGAAGAUUUCCUCAUCUCCCUGAAGUUCGGGUUUCAACUCCCCUCGUCUGCAGCAGUACAUAGCUUACCUCAUGAGUAUAAAUCUCAGCUGGCUUCUCCAAGCGGGGGCCGUACUGACUGAGGUUUGUUGUAUGUUAAUCACUCAUAAUAGUUUAGUACCUCAUUCAAUCCCUCUCUAGACUGAACUCAACCUGACUUUAAACCCUGGUUCAUCCGAAGGUCUCUUGUCCCCUCAGGACAUUUCUGUGGUGGAAACUUGGCUGAAGCAACUCAGACUCCUGUCAGUCAUGCACUUCAUAAGUGUAAUUAUAUUAUCAUUAAAUAAAUAUUAUAAUUACACUGACAGAGGUGACACGAAUAUUCUGAGAGGCCUGAGGAUGAUUUUGUUUUCAGUGUUGUCAAAACUUGUAGAAUACUGUUCGAGGAAUAAAUAAACACUUGGUCUCAUUUUGAACCGAGAGAGGAGGAGCAGGAGGAAGAGGAAGAGGAGCUGACUGACGUUUUGUCUGUAUUGACUGAUAUACCUUAAGGCACUCAAAUGAUGAUGAUGAGGAGACAGAUGAGACUUAAUUAAUUUGAAGAUUAAUUUGAGUGGAAUCCAUCAGCAACCUUUCAAACAACCAGCACAUGUCUAUAUGCAAAGAGCUAAAUUAUUCUACCUGUAACAUUUGUACAUGACGUUAGAUUUUAUAAACUCAGAUAUCAGUAAAGUUUGGAGACUCUUAGUAAUAUUUCCUGCUGAUACCAAAAAAAAACUAAGAAGAAAUAAAUCCAGAUCAUUUCAUGUAAGCUGUUAAAAACUUUGUGAUCAAAGUGUAAAAAGUUGUAGAUUUUUUUUUUAAAUACUAAAGUAGCAUUAUCAUGUGAGGAGAUGAAGUGACAUGAUGUGAAACACUGUAAGUGGAGAUGACCGUAGCGCUGCAGAAAGGUCGUCUAUUAACCGAGGUCGGGCUGGAGUCUGUAUCUUUGUAAUGUCUGCACUUCUGCUAUAUUAGAUCUUAAAGCCCUACAGGAUGUGUGGUUGUGUGUCAGUCUCAGUUUGCUGAUGGCACAAUAGAAAAUAUUGGCUCAGUGAACACAGUUAUGCAGACAAACACAUUUCCAACAUUACACAAAUGGAAGUAUGUUUGUGUGCUGUCCCAUUUUUACCUACAUUACACAACAGUUUAAGAGAUUGUGUUCUCCUGUUAGCAUAACUCUUUGUUAAUUAAGGGUGAAUUAUUACAUUUUUAAAGCCUGGGCUCUGGUUUUACAUAUUUGUGGGGUGAAAUAGGUACAAAAAGUAUUUGAAUUGCGAUUGUAAAUUGCUUCAACCAGCAGAAGUUGCUAAACAGUUUCAAUAGCUGCAAAAAAAAUCCAGAGCAAAGGCUGCUGAUCAAAGCAUGUCCACUAAUAAUCCUUGUUUUUGUCAGGCUCAGAUUGUUAUUUAAAGUGACACAUUUACUAGAAGACACCCUACAGAGAUAGACAUUAAUGUUAAACAGUAAGAUGUUUUUUUAACCAGACUCCACUGACAAAAACAGAGAUCUUAGCCCGUAGAACAUCCAGAGAUGCGGGUAUACUGCUGCCUUUAUCAGUUUGUGUUAUUUUUAAAUGUUAAAGGUCACAUAUUCUGUAAAAUACACUUCACCAUGUUUCUCUAACACUAAUGUUUCCCUUCAUGACAUCACAAAGGGCAGUAACCCCUCCCCCAGGUGGGUGACACUCCCACAGCUAGGUGUUUGUUCUGCCCUCUGAGUCUGCCUUCUCACCGUAAACAAUAGGACAUGGAGCGAGAAAGCCCGAGACACCAUAGCCCUUCCAGAGAGGGGGCGUGGUCAGACCCAGCUCAUUUACAUAUUUAAAGGUACAGACACAGAAACAGCCUGUUCUGAGCAGGGCUGAAAUAGAGGAGUUUAUAGACAUGAUCAAAUACAGGAUCAGAAUGGAUUUAGAACAAGAAACUUCACACACAUGUUUUGGGGAGCCCUGAGACUUAUUUAACUUUUUUUUAAAGGAGGAGAAUAUUUGACCUUUAAGUUUGAUUCCAAAGCUGUAUUUGUGAAACACAGAAUAGCACAAAGAAACAAAGAAUUUAAGGUAAAGGUAGACCAGCAACACCUCUGCUCUGCAAGGGGAAAAAUCACAUAUUUUGUCAAUGAUGUCUGGUGAUUACAAUGUGAGCAGUGUAUAGCCGCUGUUUAUGUCUCCAAAAAAAUGAAUGUUUCUCUUUUAAAAGUAUUUUUUCUCCGUCAAGAUCCUUUCUGUAACAUCGGACACUGAGAAUAAUAAUCUGUCUGAGUCUGUCUGCGACGAAAUGUCAAUUUAAAUCUUCAUGGUUUUCAACGUGGUUGGGUCCAUUUGGCACAAAGUUAAGGUUGCAGCCUUUUUCCAUUCUGAAACUUCUUGUACUUUUUCAAUACUAUAAAGCCAAAAAUAUGUAUGGAUAUCGGGCGUAGGUUUAUAAAUACUGGAAAUCUUAAAUAGCAGCGACACCAAACUCAUCAGCAGGACUCUGGUGUCAUUCACACUCAGUGCACCAACAGCCUGAUCUCCUUUAAUACUUAACGUCCUCUGUCAGUGGACCUCAGCAUCAUUGUGCACCCUACACUGAAUAAACAGACGAUGACAGAUGUAGAUAAAAAGCUGCAGGCAGUGCGAUGCAGCGUCAAAUGACAGAAGUGAAAGCAGAAUUGGAUCUGACGUCACUGAGGCUUCCUGCUGUAACUGGAAGAGCUGCUGCUGGAGUUUCACUUUAUGACUGCUCUGUGUGAUGUGACUACUGUUGGAAAAAAAGGCUUGUAGUGUGAUUCAGUAGAAACUAAGGUGAAUGUUAUUCCACCUUAAAGCUUUUUGGUAAUAAAGAUUUAUAAAGUCUAA